AUGAACCCGGAUAAACCUUCGACUUCUUUCGAAGGCAAACCUAGCCAAAGAACCCACAGUAAUAUAGAUCUUGAAGUAGAAGGUGAUAAAAAAAAUCAGCUUCACCACGAUGUACCGAUACAAGACAAAAAAACAAACGAACAACAAACAACAAAUAUUCUUGACUUUCCAGAUGAAGUUCUUCUUUGUAUAUUGAAAAAUGUAGACAUAAGCGACUUGAAGAAUCUUCGAUUAUGUUGCACAAGACUUUCAAGACUAGCGGAAGAUAAAUUUUUAUGGAAGUUGGACUAUCGCAAAAAACCUAUUCUUGUUUCUCAAAUGUUGCCGUAUGAUACCUUCUUAGAACCUUUAACACACACCUUAGCAAUACGUGGAGAUUUCGAUCAAGACUGGAAAAAUCUGCUUAGCUGUUUUUUUUUUUCUGAAAUAAAACAAAUAUGCCAAGUUCUUAACACAUUGAUUAUCGAGGAUUUUUAUAUAUCUGUAGAGGAGAUUAUGCCAUCGUUGGCAACAACUAUUGAAGAGCUUCAAAUCAUCAAUUGUAGAUCUUAUCACAAUGUUCAGGACUUUCAGCCGGUGCGCUUUGUUCGUGGAAUAUGUUAUUUCGUGCCCUAUAUAAAACGCUUGACUUUCAAGAAAGUUUUAUGUGAUUUGGAAGGGUCACUUGUGACAUAUAUAAGCAACCUUACAGAACUUGAGGAACUUAGCUUUAUUUCAUGUUUUCGCAUAAAGGAAUUUCGUCGAAACAUAGAUGUUUCUUCCCAGUAUAAAUGCCAAAAACUAAAGAUUCUAGACUUUCGCAACACAGCAGUUGAGGAUAGGCUAGUUGAAUGGUUUUGUCACAUUAAAUCUUUAGAGGAACUGUAUCUAGAAUGCCCUAAAUUUUUAAGGAAAGAAUGGUCAUUUCGAUUAUUACAAGAGUUAGAAAACAUUGGAUACAGACAAAACAUUUCUUUGAUUCAAUAUGAUGAAAUGCUUCAGGUGUUGUUAGAUGCAGAACGUCGUUCUGAUAACAGAGUUGAAAUAAUUGGUGUGAGAGACGAAACAUUUCGGCACUAUUUAUUGUCAAAAAUCAGUGACUAUAUAAUUAAAUGUAAUAAUUUGAAAAAAUUACAUAUUAGACAUUAUUGGCGUGUUACUAGAACAAAUAUUGAUAGAAUAGCUACGACAUUACCAAACUUGAUAGAGUUGGAUAUAACUGGUUGUUGUGUAACUCUAGAAGAUGUUAAACAUUUUGAAUCGCAAAGACCUAAUGUUCAAACGUAUUCAUCAUUUAGUGAAUCACAUGACAAAUAUAAAUCUUCGAGUGUAUAA